AUGAUUCAUUCAAAGAAGCUUGCUCAGCUGGCCAAGAAGUGGCAGAGGAAGGUGGUGGCCGGAGCUGGUGGCCAGCAGACCGGCGAGUCCUGCAGCACGGUCGCUGACAAGGGCCAUUGCGUGGUGUACGCUGCUGACGGGGCACGGUUCGAGGUCCCGCUGGCAUACCUCCUCACGACAGUCUUCGGUGAGCUCCUGAGGAUGUCUGGGGAAGAGUUCGGCUUCGCGAACAGCGAGGGAGGCAGGAUCAUGCUGCCCUGCGACGCCGUGGUUGUGGAACGCAAAAUGGAGAACAAUGAGGGAAAACUCUAUAUUCAGGAGCUACAAACUGCAAGCUGCUGGUGCAGCGCUACAUGUGGCACCAUACAGCUUGGAUAUUGGCAAGGCAUCACUACAGAGUUCAGGAAUGCUCUCUCUACUUCCUCUCAAGCAUUUCUUCUGAGCAAGCAGAUGUCAUACUCCACCGCUGCAUCGAAGGGCAGUGUGAUCCUGCUGUCUAAUGUAAACCCAUAUUCCUCCUAG